AUCACUGUCAAGAGUCAUUCUGCUACAAUGGAAUCACUUACAUUUCUAGGUUUGAUAGGAAUUCUAAGAGAAGCCCUAAAAAUCUUCACCAAAAAUGGAAAACUCAUGUCCUCUGUAGCCCUUCUCAACCUCUUCAUCCAGUCCUUUCUAUUCUUGGCCAAUCUCUACUCCAUCUGGACAGUGAUCUCUGACAUCGUCUUCGAAAAAUACCUCCUCCAUCUUACCAGUCCCGGUACACCAGAAUUCACAAAUAUUUUCAACCACAUAAGGAAAGAUAUCAAAAUAAUUCUUGAAAUCGAAAUAAUUUAUGUUAUUCUCAACUCCAUUUCUUUUCUAUUAUCAGCAACGGUUACUAUCUUGGCCGCAGCCAUAAUCCACCGCGAGAAAGAACACUUGUCACUUAAGGAACUAUUGUUGAGAACGCUAAAGUCAUGGACAAGGCCAUUAGUUACCUGGUUAUAUGUGUCUCUGUUUGCCCUGGUUUAUAUUUUCAUUUUCUUGGCAAUUUUAUUUCUUGGAAUAAAAGUAUCAGAUCAUAACCCUAUUUUAUUAGCUGUUUUUGGUUUUGUUCUUGCAUCUUUAGCUUCCAUUUUUUAUAUAUAUCUAUCAGUCACGUGGACAUUAGCCAUUGUCGUUUCGGUGGCAGAGCAAAUAAGAGGAUUAGAGGCAUUGGGAAAGGCUGCACAGCUAGUUAAGGGAAUGAAACGACAAGGGUUUCUGCUAAAUCUUGUGUUUAGUACAUUCAGCUUGAUUAUAACACAAGGGACAAAGUUAAUUAGUUCGAGUAAAUCAUUAGUUCUUGCAAUAAUUUUAGCUUUGGUUAUAAUAAAUUUUGCAGUUCUUGUUAGGAUGUAUUGGCUUGUAGCUUUUACUGUGUUCUACUUCAGGUGCAAGAAGAUUCAUGGAGAAACUGUUGGAUUGGAAGGAAUUGUUUGCUCUGAUGAAUAUAGUAAGACACCUACUGGUAGUGCUGCUCCUCUUAUUACAGAUAAUACUAUACCAUGAUUUUCAUGUAAUAAUUAUGAGUUAAAAUUUUCAAAAAUAAAUAAUUUCCUAUUUUUGUUUUGUUUUGGUACAAA